AAAUGUCAACUUCACGUGCCAAAGUGACAGCUAAAGCUGAUGAAAAAUAUCACAAAAACCGGCGAAUUUAAUACACAUAUAUAUUCAAGAAUUGUUCGUUUAUCACAGCAGUGUACUUAACUUGUUAACCGAAACGAAGAAGAGCUUCUGUAAUGUAGUUUUUUUACGUCAUAUUGGCUUCAAUAUUGCACAAUAAUACGAUUUAUUACAUGGGCGAAAAGAGUCCACUGCCACAAAUAUGCCUUCUCAUCGGUCUGACGACGAGGAUAAGCCGUGCAGGGCAUGUUCAGACUUCAAGACCUGGGCUAAAGGUCAGAAUAAAGUGACAUUCACAUCGCCUAACAAACCGCAACAUCCGCGUCCAAAGGACUGUCCGCUAGACAAAGAUGAGAUUGGCAGGUCGACAUGGGGGUUCCUGCACUCUAUGGCGUCAUACUUCCCUGAUAAACCUACCAAAAAGCAGUCAGAGGACAUGGCAAGGUUCUUCAAUAUCUUUGCACAAUUUUACCCUUGUGAACCAUGUGCAAUUGACUUUCAAGAAGACUUGAAACGCCAUCCACCAAAGACAAGCAGUGGGACAGCAUUAGCAAGAUGGCUUUGUGAGCGUCACAACACAGUUAAUAAAAAGCUCGGCAAGCCUGUGUUUGACUGCAGUAAGGUGCAUGAGAGGUGGCGAGAUGGAUGGAAGGAUGGCUCUUGUGAUUAACAAAUACAGUUUCACAGAAAGUGAUGAAUAUUGAUCAGAAGUGUUGUACUACUUGAUGUGACAUUCUUAUAAAUAUUAUUAAUGUCAGGCUCUUUGGCCUUAGUGAUGUACAACUUAUAUUUUUUACACUAAGACAAGUCAAACUAGCAAGAUCCUAACUGGAAUGUUAAUUUUUGAAAUGAAGCUUUUCCUUGUGUUAUAAUAUAUAAUAAAUUGAUGUAAGAUGCAGUUUUUAGUUAUAAAUCUUUAUUGCCAUAAUCACAGAAAUUACUAAGAAGUCAUAACUUGCAGGACUUGCUGUGUAUUUAUUGUGUAGUGCACCUUAUUGAACAUAUUUGCCAUUUUGUUUAUGGAACCUAGUUAGAAAACCUGAGUGGGCUCAGAGCCUCGUUUAACAGAGUUGUAAGUUAUAUUAGUUCAGUGUUUUAGUUACAAUGUGAUCAAUUGUUAUAUUGUAUGUAGUAUUGAAGCAACUUGUGAUUUUCAUUAGACAUUAGCUCAAAUGAGUUUUGUACAAUUUUGUAUAUGUGUGUAAAAGUGUACCUACUGUUGUUACUAAUUAUUGUUUUUAAUAUAAAUGAUACUCUAUUGAGCCUA